AUGCAAUCCGUCAACGAAGACCCAAUCAUUCCACCUGCGCAAAUCCCCGUGAGCGCAACAUCGGCCAAUUGCGCGGGUCAUCCCAUACAAAAUAAACCCCCGAAAUAUGCGUCGCACUCGCAAAAAGUCGCUACAGCUUCUUCACUGUAUUGUUGCAAUACAGCCGUGAAACACAUGCAGUAUAGCAGUCCUGGUCAACGAUCCUACUGCACAAGAUCUGCCUGUUCAUGUGGACAAGUUGGUAGAGGCUACGAGCGCUUUUGAUCCGACACCCUGGCAACUGCAAAGGCCGCAGAGUUGCUAUGUGAAACACGUGUCGCAGCACGGCAACCUCCAAUAACCAAGGGAAGAAUAGAAGCACGUCGUUCUAUGUGGCAGCGCAAGACUCUACAAAAGGCCGUCAUCCUACUCGGCUUUUUUCUUGUGACAUUGUUUUCGCUCUCUGCUCCACUCAAGCGCACCAAGAUGACCACCUCCGAUUCUCUUCGGCUUGUGAUUGUUUCAGACACCCAUCGGUCUUUCAGUCACCCAAUCCCAGAUGGUGAUGUGUGGAUUCACGCAGGCGAUUCCGAACUCACGGCGAGCGAGAUGGAUUCGUGGGCGGCUUCCUUGCCUCACAGUCACAAACUCGUUGUUUGCGGGAACAUGGAUAGUCGAUUGGAGAGAGAGAAACACAAGUUACAAAAUGUAACAUAUCUCCAAGACUCCCACGUGGUUCUAUCAGGCAUAAAAGUAUACGGGUCGCCAUGGACUCCAAAGUUUGUCGGUGUCUUUCAAAUAGAGAGCGGCCAAGUCGCACAUGAAGUAUGGGAGAGGGUCCCCCCGGAUGUCGACGUGUUAAUCACACACGGGCCACCAAAAGGUGUCUUGGAUCGCACAAGCCGGGGUUUCACGGUCGGCGAUGAGCAUCUCCGACGUGUGGUGGAGCAAAUAAAACCGCGGUUACACUGCUUUGGCCAUGUGCACGAAAGCUAUGGCACAAUGCAGACUGACGAUACGAUAUUCUGUAACGCUGCUGUUUUCAACGGGAAACCCCCGAUCGUUGUGGACGUCCCUUUCAACAAAAACCUUGCUGCCUCUGUGCUGUAGAUUGAGGUGUGACUUCUGCGUCGUUGUCGCGUCUCGUCUUCAUACGCCAGUUUUCGAGGUCACAGAUGAAAUACAAGAAAGGCAGGUAUCUACCUGAUUGUCUUUCAUAUCAGAGAAGCGUUUCUGUUCUUUCCAGAGAUAAGGAAGCUAGUCUUUUGGGCAUCGGGUUUGCAGCUGUCUUCAGCUUUCGCCUUUUCAUAGACCUUCCACAUGACUUAGCGUCAGAUUUGGCGGCGAAAAACGAUUUGAUGUCUUUUGUUUUGACGGCUUUCUGUGCUGAGCUCGUUUCAUCGGCUUCAUCUUCAUCACAUUCCCUGUGAUAAGCAAACGAAAGACAAAGAGAUGGAGAAAAAUGGUCAAAUGUUAGUGCAUGAAGUAAAACAGGAGCGGGAAAAUGACCCAUAGAACGAAUUU